AUUCAUAAGAAUAAAUUCAACCUCAUAAAGAACCAUCAUCAGCUCUCACAUUCUCUCUCCAAUGUGUCUCAUGCAUUUCUCCAAACACACAACCUUCUAACCUUUUUCUUUUCCUUAUUUUCUUCGCUAUUAUUCGUCACCGAAUAAACAAGAAAAAAUGUCGUCUCCGGGAUUCAACGGUGGUGUUGGAUCAUCGGACUUUUACUCCGGCAGAUCAUCAAACACCACCAACAAUAACGACAACCUCCAUCAUCCAUCUCUGUACCGAACCCAACAACAACUUCCCCCAAUUUUUCUAGAUCCUUCUUCACAGAUCCAACGUCAACCUCAACCGUUCAUCGGAAAACGCACUUUAGCAGAAUUCCAGACCCAACAAAAUCAAACCUACAACAACAACAGCAGCAACAACAACAACAAUCACGUUCUCUCAAACCUUUUACUUCGUUCUGUAAAACCAAGAACAAAUUUUCAGUUUCAAAACAAUUCCCCUUUAUCUUUCUCUCUACCUGAAUUACAAAACCCUUUAUCAUUUAACUACCACACGCAACGUUUAGGUGUUCCUUUACUUCACCAACUUCGUCCUCAACCAAUUAACCCCAAUUUUAACUACCGAACCUCUAAUUUAGGUCCGGGUAUUUUAAACCGGGUUCAAAAUCAAAACACUGAACCGGAAAAAAAGAUCAGUGAUAACGUGCUUCUACAAGAAUUAGAGAAACAGCUUCUAGAAGAUAACGACGAAGGUGAAGAAGCAGAUGCAGCUUCAGUUAUAACAACAAGUGAAUGGUCAGAAACUUAUCAGAAUCUAAUUGGGCCUGGGCCGACUCAGGCUCAGAAACCAGCUUCUUCAUCGCCUACUUCUUCUACCACGUCAUCAACUUCUUCAUCUGCGGCUUCACCGGCUUCAGUUUGUUCCAAACAAACCCUAAUUGAAGCCGCGUCCGCGAUUUCCGAAGGUAAAAACGACGUCGCUUUAGAGAUCUUAAACCGUUUUGUUCAGAAUUUGAAUCCGAAUGCAAAUUCGGAUCAACGUUUAACUAAUUGCAUGGUUUCUGCUCUUAAAUCGAGGAUGAAUUCUGUUGAAAAUCCUCCACCUGUUGUUGAACUGUUCAGUAAAGAACACGCUGAGUCGACUCGGUUAUUGUUAGAAAACUCGGUUUGUUUCAGCGUUGGUUUCAUGGCUUCGAAUCUCGCGAUUUUGGAAGCAGCAUUUGAUCACAACGGUUUCUGUGUGGUGGAUUUUGAAAUUGGACAGGGAAAACAGUAUAUUAAUCUUCUGCACGCGCUUAAAGCGCGUGACGUUUUACCAGGUUUUACAUUGAAGAUAGUUGCGGUUGCGGCGGAGAACGGCGGCGGAGACGAAAGUUUUAAAGCGGUUGGCGAGAUGUUGAGUCGUCAAGCGGAGAAGUUGAGAAUCGCGUUUGAGUUUCGUAUUGUAACCAUUUCUCAGAGGCGAGUUAACGAGUUGACUCGCGAGUUAUUAGGUUGUCACUCGGAUGAAACGCUUGUUGUUAAUUUCGCGUUUAAACUGAAUCGUAUUCCUGAUGAAAGCGUUUCAACGGAGAAUCCACGCGACGAGCUUUUAAGGCGCGUGAAAAAACUUUCCCCGCGCGUGGUAACAAUUUUGGAGCAAGAAAUGAACGGUAAUACUGCGCCGUUUUUGGCUAGAGUGGCUGAGUCAUGGUCUUAUUACAGUGCUUUGUAUGACUCGGUUGAGUCUGUGUUAGGAAAAGAUAACUCGGACCGAGUUAUGAUUGAAGAAGGACUGAGUCGGAAGCUAUGCAACUCGGUGGCUUGUGAAGGUAGAGAUCGUGUUGAACGGUGUGAGGUUUUCGGAAAAUGGCGCGCGCGUAUGAGUAUGGCGGGGUUUAUGUUGAAACCAAUGAGUCAAAACGUUGCUGAGUCAAUAAAGUCGCGACUCGCUGUGGGAAAUAAUAACCGAGUCAACACGGGACUCAGUGUGAAAGAAGAGAACGGAGGGAUUUGUUUUGGUUGGAUGGGAAGAACACUCACCGUUGCUUCUGCUUGGCGUUAGCGUACCUCCUCUUUUUUUUUUUAUUUUUUUUUAUUUUUUUUUAUUUUUUAUUUUUAUUUGGUUCCAUGAAUAUUAGUAUUAUUAAUAAUAUAUUACAUUGUUACUAUAUUGUAACGUUAUCUAGAGAUAAUGGAAAAGCAUAGGGAAUAUAUUAGGAUAAAUAAUAUAUAUCAUGAAGAAAAAGGUGGCAAUAGAAAAUCCCAAGAAGAACCCAUCCUACCAAACGCUAACAUUUAAUAAUAAAGUAUUAAAUUCCAAGUAAAUUUACUUUGCCUAGUUACAUGUCUGGUUUGUCAAUGUAUAAGUUGCAAUAUAAAUAAAAAUAUUACUCUUAUUUUUCAUAA